AUGGACUGUCUUUCUCCUUCUCUUUACUAUCCGUCCUGUGGCUAUGAUUCAAUGGGAGGCUGGCUACAACAUCAACCAAUGUUAGCAGUAGCCCAGCAGCAGCCACAAAUCCAGAGCCUACCACCUCCCCACCAGAUACCCUUUGUAUCACCCCAGCACCUGCCGAUGCAAAUUCCCAUGCUCCCACGUACCCUAUGCAAACGCCCCGCUCUUCUGCCAGACUUGCCUCUGGAUCGGCGGCAAUCAGCUGACACGACAAAGCAAGAGGAAAUAACAGGAAAGCUUCGCCCCUCACAGUCAUUACGAUCAGAGAGCAUGCUAGUUAAACCAACAGAUCUCUCUGUGUCACCCUCCUGUCAGGGUUAA